UUGCAACGCAGUGCAGCCUGGGAAAGGGGGAUGAGCUGGGCCGGCCGCGUCGGGAUGGCGAACGCGGUUUGCUCCUGAGGUUGGUGGGAGAUGGGCCUUGGGCCAGGAGCCCGGCGUUCGUGAAAGCGCGUCUGGCGCCAAAGGUGAAAAAGAAGUACUUUUACUGAAGUACACCAUCCAUUGUGAAAGUGGAAAAAUAAGGAUUAUUCAUCAUGCCUUCUGUGGCUUCAGAUCCUAAAGAACUCUACCUCAGUUCUUCACUAAAAGACCUCAAUAAGAAGACAGAAGUUAAACCAGAAAAAAUAAGCACUAAGAAUUAUGUACAGAGUGCCCAGAAGCUCUUCAAGAUAGCAGAAGAAAGCAGGUUAGAUCGUGAUGAGGAAAAGGCCUACGUACUAUACAUGAAAUUCGUGACUGUUUAUAAUCUUAUCAAAAACAAGCCUGAUUUCAAGCAACAGCAGGACUAUGUUCAUUCAAUGCUUGGACUUGCAAACAUCAAAAAAGCUAUUGAAGAAGCUGAAAGACUCUCUGAAAGCCUUAAACUCAGAUACGAAGAAGCCGAAGUUCGGAAAAAACUUGAAGAAAAGGACAGACAGGAGGAAGAGCAACUGCAGAAACAGAGAAGACAGGAAGCAGGAAGAGAGGAUGGUAACACAUCAGCUAAAAACUCUUUGGAAAAUGUAUUGGAUUCCAAAGAUAAAACCCAAAAGAUAAAUGGUGGAAAAAAUGAGACCACAGAGAAAGGAUCAAUCACAGCAAAGGAACUAUACACAAUGAUGAUGGAUAAAAACAUCAGCUUGAUUAUAAUGGAUGCUCGAAAAAUGCAGGAUUAUCAGGAUUCCCAUAUUUCAGAUUCUCUAAGUGUUCCUGAAGAAGCCAUCAAUCCAGGAAUCACUGCUAGUUGGAUUGAAGCAAAACUCCCAGAUGACUCUAAAGACAAAUGGAAGAAGAGGGGGAAUGUGGAUUAUGUGGUACUUCUUGACUGGUUUAGUUCUACAAAAGAUUUGCAACUUGGAACAACUCUACGGAGUCUGAAAGAUGCACUUUUCAAGUGGGAAACUAAAACUAUCCUGCGCAAUGAGCCUUUGGUUUUAGAAGGAGGCUAUGAAAACUGGCUUCUUUGUUAUCCCCAGUACACAACAAAUGCUAAAGUCACUCCACCUCCACGAGGCAAGAAUGAAGAGGUGUCUAUCUCAUUGGAUUUUACUUAUCCCUCACUGGAAGAACCAGUUCCUUCUAAACCUACUGUACAGAUGCCAUCUCUUCCUCUGGGUGAAAAUAUAGAAUUCAUAAAUGUUCAAGAUGAGAGAAUGAGACAAUUGACUUUAUCAACUUCAAUUGAACCAAUUGUUACUUCUACGUCUGAUGUUUCAUCCAUAAUUCAGCCAGUGCCUAUUGUAAAGAAUUUUCCACAGAUUGAUCGUACUAAAAAACCAGCAGUCAGAUUGCCUGAAGAUUAUAGAAUAAAAUAUGAAAGUACAGAUCAUGAGCAACAGUUUCCUCAAAAUGGAAAAGUUGUUCCUGAUCGUUCCACAAAGCCAGUACUUCCCCCUCCAACUGCCAUGUUAACAGAUGAAGAAAAAGCUCGUAUUCAUGCAGAAACGGCUCUCUUAAUGGAGAAAAACAAACAAGAGAAAGAGCUUCGGAGAAGACAGCAAGAGGAACAGAAAGAGAAACUGAAGAGAGAAGAACAGGAACAAAAAGCCAGAAAGAAACAAGAAGCUGAAGAAAAUGAAUUCAUAGAGAACCAACAAAAGGCAAAAGAAGAACUGGAGAAGAGAGAGAGUGAACAGGCCAAGAAAGAAGAUAAAGAAACCUCAGCAAAGAGGGGCAGAGAAAUAACAGGAGUAAAAAGACAAAGUAAAAGUGAACAUGAAACUACCGAUGCCAAGAAAUCUGUGGAAGGUAGGGGGGAAAUGUGUCCCACUCCGGAGGUACAGAAAAAGUCAGUGGGAGAUGUGCCCCAUUCCUCUGUGGCAGGAGACGCAAGUUCGGGCAAGCCUGUUAAGAUUAAAGGACAGCCAGAAAGUGGAAUUCUAAAGACUGGAACUUUUAGAGAGAAUACGGAAGACACUGAAAGAAAUAAAGCCCGGGAGCCUUUGACAAGAGCACGAAGUGAAGAAAUGGGGAGAAUCGUACCAGGACUGCCUUUAGGCUGGGUCAAGUUUCUUGACCCAAUCACUGGAACUUUUCGUUAUUAUCAUUCACCCACCAACUCAGUUCAUAUGUAUCCACCGGAAAUGGCUCCUUCAUCCGCACUUCCUUCCACCCCACCAACUCAUAAAGCCAAGCCACAGAUCCCUGCUGAGCGGGACAGGGAACCGUCCAAGCUGAAGCGCUCCUACUCUUCCCCAGACAUAACCCAGGCCAUCCAAGAGGAAGAGAAGAGGAAGCCAACAGUCACUCCAGCAGUCAAUCGGGAAAAUAAGCCAGCAUGCUAUCCUAAAACGGAAAUCACAAGGCUUUCUGCUUCUCAGAUUCGGAACCUCAAUCCUGUGUUUGGAGGAUCUGGACCAGCUCUCACUGGACUUCGUAAUUUAGGAAAUACUUGUUAUAUGAACUCAAUACUGCAGUGCCUAUGUAAUGCUACACAUUUGGCUGAUUAUUUCAACCGAAACUGUUAUCAGGAUGAUAUUAACAGGUCAAAUUUGUUGGGUCAUAAAGGUGAAGUGGCAGAAGAAUUUGGCAUAAUCAUGAAAGCACUAUGGACAGGACAGUACAGGUAUAUCAGUCCAAAAGACUUUAAAAUCACCAUCGGAAAGAUCAAUGACCAGUUUGCAGGAUAUAGCCAGCAAGAUUCACAAGAACUGCUUCUGUUCCUAAUGGACGGUCUCCAUGAAGAUCUAAAUAAAGCUGAUAAUCGGAAGCGACAUAAAGAAGAGAAUAAUGAUCAUCUUGAUGACUUUAAAGCAGCAGAACAUGCUUGGCAGAAACACAAGCAGCUCAAUGAAUCCAUUAUUGUAGCACUUUUCCAGGGUCAGUUCAAAUCCACAGUACAGUGCCUCACCUGUCACAGAAAGUCUAGGACGUUUGAGGCCUUCAUGUACUUGUCUCUACCCCUAGCAUCCACUAGUAAAUGUACAUUACAGGAUUGCCUUAGGUUAUUUUCCAAAGAAGAAAAACUCACAGAUAAUAACAGGUUUUACUGCAGUCAUUGCAGAGCUCGAAGGGAUUCUCUAAAAAAGAUAGAAAUCUGGAAGUUACCACCUGUGCUUUUAGUACAUCUGAAACGUUUUUCCUAUGAUGGCAGGUGGAAGCAAAAAUUACAGACAUCUGUGGACUUUCCGUUAGAAAAUCUUGACUUGUCACAAUAUGUUAUUGGUCCAAAGAACAAUUUGAAGAAAUAUAACUUGUUUUCUGUUUCAAAUCACUACGGUGGGCUGGAUGGAGGCCACUACACUGCCUAUUGCAAAAAUGCAGCAAGACAGCGGUGGUUUAAAUUUGAUGAUCAUGAAGUUUCUGAUAUCUCCGUUUCGUCUGUGAAAUCUUCAGCAGCGUAUAUUCUCUUUUAUACUUCCUUGGGACCACGAGCAACCGAUAUAGCCACUUAAGAGUACGUUGUAAGCUAGUUAUCUUUUAGAAGACUGAGCAACACAACUCUGGAAAUGCUUAUAAAGAUCCUGGACAGCUCUACCUGGCCUUUUAGAGGAAUUAUAAGACCAUGAGAGCUGUGUUACUAAUAUCAUAUAUUCCAGGUCAGUGCUAUUAUUAAAAAAAACGGCCAAUAACAUUUAACAAGUAUUGCAGUAAGCAUUCCUUAGAGGUACCAUUGACAUCAUAAUAACUUUUUUAGUUUGUUCCAAAGUUGAAAUAAGUAGCUAUGCAUUAUUAUUCUACUGGUCUAAAAACUGUGUAUCCGUUGUUUUCAUUUUCACUGUUAUGGCCUUUUCACAUUUCUAAACCUCAGCUUGAUCUAUGAAUAUUCUAGAAUAUGAAGCAGAUAGGAAUGUAUGUGUAUAUAUUUAUUGCACACUUGCACAUCAAAUCGAUGUACAUAGUAUCAUAUGUGGUCCUUCCAUGAAAUCUAGAACUCCAGGGAUUGCUUUUUUUCUUUUGGCCUAUUCUGAGUAACUGCAGUGCUUUCUUAGGGAAAUGACAGGGCAAAGCUAUUUUUCUUUUGGCUUUGGGCUGUAUUUGUGCACUAAAUCUUUAUUCUAAAGAAAUAAAUGGAAACUUUUCUCUAA